AUGAAUAUUAUAUCGCUAUCAACAGACAAGCAAGAUCAAAUUAGUGCACAGGAUGCCGACCAGGAAAGCCAGAAGGUUGGUUCACUUGCUGAAUCACCGAAUCUCCCGUCAACUCAACGCCGUCUGAAAGCUCGCCAUGCCCUGUUUAUUGCCUGGGGUGGCACCGUUGGAACUGGACUUUUUAUAACCACCGGCAAGACCAUUGCGACUGGAGGACCGGCGUUCCUAGUUGGAAGUUACGUUGUUCUCUCAACCCUGGUGUACUUCAUCCUCACGGGAAUCAUCGAGAUUGCGACAUUUGUCCCAGUCCGCGGCGGAUCGAUGAGUCGUUACGGUACCCGUUUUGUAUCGAGAAGCUUUGGUUUUGCAAUGGGCUGGCUCUAUGUCUACUCCUUUGCGGUUUUAGUCCCGUUUGAACUUACAGCAUGCGCCAUUAUCAUCGACUUUUGGCAGCCUGGCGUCAGCAGCGCAGUCUGGAUCACCAUCUGCUUGGUGCUGCUUGUCGCUCUCAAUGUCCUUCCAGUGCGCUUCUAUGGCGAGGCAGAAUUCGCCUUCGCCGGAAUUAAAUUGGCGACCAUUAUCGGCCUGCUGAUUCUUUCGUUCGUGCUAUUCUGGGGAGGAGGCCCGCACCGUAACAGGCUCGGAUUCCACUACUGGAAAGAUCCAGGCGCAACGAAUACUCUGAUUCUGGAAGGGGAUAUAGGCAGGCUUGUUGCAGUCAUCGCGACUGUCCUUAGCAGUGCGAUGCCCUUCACAUUCACGCCCGAGAUGGUGGCCGGGACUGCAGCGGAGAUUCAAGAGCCAAGGAAGAACAUCCCUAGGGUCGCGAAACACUUCACCUGGCGACUGAUCAUCAUGUUCGUUGGCAGUGUGAUUGGCAUAUCUGUCAUUUGCCCCUCUAAUGCUCCCACUCUCGCCAGCGGCAGUGAUGCUGCAGCGUCGCCCUGGGUGGCUGGCAUCCGCCUCGCUGGCAUAGGCGGACUGAGUAGCGUCAUUAAUGCUGUGGCGUUGGUAGCUGCGUGGUCUGCAGGGAAUGCUUUCCUUUAUCUGUCCAGUCGGUCUCUGCAUUCCAUGGCCGUGGAGGGAGCGGCCCCACGCAUUUUCCAACGGUGCACUUCAAAAGGAGUUCCCAUUUAUGCCGUAGGGGCAACAUCUUGCGUCUCGCUCCUGGCGUACCUGACGCUCAACUCGUCCUCGGCGGAGAUCCUGAACUGGCUCGUCAACUUGGUGAAUACUGGCGCGUUUCUGUCCUGGGUCUGCUGCUCCAUCACUUACCUGCGAUUUCGACGGGCAUGCCAGGAACAGCAAGUCCCUACAGAUGACCUUCGGCAGAAGGCACCAUUACAGCCGUAUACAUCAUGGAUAAAUAUUUUCGUUUUCAGCGUUUUGUGUUUGUUGAAUGGGUUCACUGUCUUCUUCCCCUCCCAGUGGUCCACUGCGACAUUCGUAUCGUCGUACAUUGGACUGCCGGGAUUUUUCAUCUUGUAUCUCGGCCAUAGAUUGUCUCAUCCGCAAGAUCCCUGGGUCAUCCAGUCGCAUUGCGUGGAUCUACGGCCUGACGUCGAGCCAGACGAUUGA